AACCUAACAGAUGCUACUGCAUUUACGGCGUUUGCUGCAAGGGACAAUACCAAUGCAUCUGUACAUGUGGAGCUAAACAAAGCACGGAACGGUUUGAUAAUUAGUGCUAACCAAGUGGACAUAACAAAUCAAUACAAUGCUGGCUCAAAUAAAGAUUUGGAUGAUCCCUUUACAUAUUCAACUCCCGAAGCCAAUCUAAUUCUAGCACGAAGGGAUAAUGCAUUAAGCGUUCUCUUUCCAUCCUCAGGCAUAUCGCUGAACAUAUCUGUGAGUGUACAAAUGUUGUCUAUAAGUACCAUUAUACCAAAUGCACUGAAUAACGUCACAAGCGGACUCCUUGGUAACUUUGAUGGGAAUCCAUACAACGAUUUGAUGAUGCCUAAUGGCACUGUUAUAAACGCAAAUUCCUCAGAGCGACAUAUAUUUGAUUACGGGAAGACAUGGGAGAUUGAUGGAAAAAAGUCUGUGUUUGUAUAUGAAGAUGGCAAAUCGCAUGAAGAUUAUCAAAAUAAUUCUUUCACUCCAAGAUUUCUGGAUGAGGUUGAUGUUGAUAAACGAGCACAAGCUGAGCAAGACUGUAAUGGCGCCGAGAAUAUUGAAUGUGUUUUUGACCUCGUAUUCACAGAAAAUAAAGAAGUUGCAAAUGCUACUAGAAUUUUGAAGACUGAAGCGGAUCAGGACAGACAUGAAAUUAAUGAAAUUCAACCAACACUUACUGUAUGUGAACUCGUCAAUGCAACUUUGGGAAAGAAAGUUACAUGCCAAUUAAGUUUUGAAGAUGGACAUGAUAUUUAUUUUAUAGCUAAUAACGCCAAUGCUCAGAUUAACAAAACAUUGUCGACAGUGGAAUACAUGCAGUCUAACACCCACCCAGUUAAUAUUCAACUUGCUGUGAAUAAUAGUAAUAAUCGUUCUUCGACCGUUAUGGUAAUAAAUGUUCUACUGUGUACUGGAUGUAGUGGACAUGGUGUUUGUUCUAAUGUUACGAGAGAUGACCAGCAACAAACAGAGUACUUUAAAUAUUCCGAAUGUAUCUGCGAAUCUCCAUAUGAUGGUCCUGACUGUGAAAAUGAAAUAGAUUGGUGUUCAACGAAUCCUUGUUCAUUAGAAAGAGAAUGUAUAACUCUUAGUGCCAGUGAGCAGCUUAGCAAAGGCAAGUCAUAUACUUGUGCUGACUGCCCUGAGGGAUACGUCAAAGACAUGGAAGAUUCUGAUAUCGACGAGUGUAUAGAUGUUGAUGAAUGUUCUGAGAAGACAACAGAAUGCGAACACAUAUGUGUUAACACGGAGGGUAGUUUUGAAUGUUCAUGCUACACAGGGUAUCGGGUUAGUACAAGGAACACAAGCAAGUGUAACGAUGUAAAUGAAUGCGAAGAAGCCUUGGAUAAUUGUUCACACUUAUGUGUAAACAAUCCAGGUGGGUUCUCCUGCCAAUGCCAUGAUGGAUAUAAACUUCAAGAUGACGGUUCGACUUGUACUGCUGAUAGAGAAACAGGCGUUUGUAAUAAUUCAAGUGAAAGUAAAUGCGCAAAUACUGGCGGAUGCACUCUUGAAGCUAAUGGAAUUGCAAAAUGUUUCUGUGACAGAGGGUUGGAGUUGGAUGCUAAUGGUGUCGCUUGCAAUGAUAUAGAUGAAUGUGCACAGAAUGUUUGUCCCCAAUUAUGCACGAAUAAUCAUGGAAACUUCACCUGUUCUUGCUUUACCGGUUAUUAUUUGAACGGAUUAACCAACUGUGAAGCAUGUGCUGCUACACGAUGGGGUGAAAACUGUGAAAAGGAAUGUGUUUGCACUGGUAGAGGUGCGCAAAUAUGUGACCCUGUAAAAGGAUGUUUGUGUGAUCCUGGAUGGGAAGGCGAUACUUGUGAUGAAGACAUCAACGAAUGUGAUGUCGCUAAUAUUUGCAAAGACCCGAUGAAGGAAUGCACCAAUAAUUUAGGAUCAUAUCUUUGUCAGUGCAUGAAUGGAUUUCAGGAAAUAAAUGGAACAUGUGAAGAUAUAAACGAGUGUGCAAGUCCAAUACUUCAUGACUGCAUGCAAGAAUGUAACAAUGCCUUCGGUGGAUAUACAUGUGGAUGUUUUGAGGGAUAUGUCGAGAUAAAUGAAACAUCUUGUGCAGAUAUCGACGAAUGUGAACAGGGAACGGCUGAUUGUGAACAAAAUUGCAUCAAUGAACCUGGGUUUUACAAUUGUUACUGCAAUACAGGGUAUAUUCUAAAUGAUGAUAGAUCUUCUUGUGAGAAAGUUUCAGAUCCAUGUUUGCAGUUACAGAACUUGAACUGUUCCCAUCACUGCAUUGCUCUUGAUGUAGGUUAUGCUUGUGGGUGUAGAAAAGGGUUUCAAAUCUUAUCUGAUAAAGAGACAUGUUCAGAUGUCAAUGAAUGUACCGACGCCGAUCUUAAUCUUUGUGAUAAGGUUGCAACCUGCAGAAACACAUACGGGUCUUUCACUUGUGAAUGUCCAACAGGGACAAAACUUGCAAAUGACAAAAGGACAUGCUUAGUAUGUGAUGAUUUCCAUUUUGGUAAGGAAUGUUCUCAGACAUGCAGCUGUUUACACGGAGUUUGUGAUAAGAAAACUGGUUGUGUAUGUGAUUCUGGUUGGAUUGGAAAUAACUGUAACAUUGACGUUGACGAAUGUACAGCUGGUCUUCUACGGUGUUCUGCUGCUAAUACCAGAUGUGUUAAUACUGCAGGCGGAGCGAUUUGUACCUGCAAUGCUGGUUAUAUGAAUAUCUCUAAUCAGUGUAUCGAUGUAGAUGAGUGUAAAGAUUCUGCAAUGAAUACAUGUGAUCAAGUUUGUAUCAACAAUAACGGAAGCUACACCUGUAAAUGUCAACAAGGUUUUACCAUGUUUGAAGGAUCAUGUCAAGAUAUCGAUGAGUGUAGCGGAAUAAAUGACUGUGAUCAGAUAUGUGAUAACACAAUAGGAAGCUAUAGAUGCUCUUGUCACGAUGGAUAUGCUCUUAAUCUAACAGAAAGAAAAUCAUGCAGUCCCGUGCAUGUGUGUACAGAAGAUAAGUCAUUGACAUGUGGGGAUAACGCAUUAUGCAUGAUGCAGGGCGGUGAGAUAGAAUGUCGUUGUAAUAAAGGAUAUGUAAAAAAGAAUGACAUCUGUGUUGACAUAAAUGAAUGCAGUGAAACGCCUUGUUCCCACAAUUGCAUCAAUACUAACGGCAGUUACACGUGCAAUUGUCAAAUCGGAUAUUUCCUUAAGGAAGACAAGGUCACAUGUCAAGUUUGUGACUUAUUCAAGUAUGGCACAAAUUGUGAAGACAUCUGCACUUGCGUAGAAGAAAAUACGGACUCCUGUGACCCCAAGACUGGUCAGUGUUACUGUAAAAAUGGUUGGACUGGUGAUGAAUGCGAUGAUGAUGCCGAUGAAUGUAUGAAUAAUGAUGAUGUUUGUCCUUUCAAUUCUGAGUGUUAUAACACACCUGGCAGCUUUAAUUGUAAAUGCAACAUAGGAUAUCUUCAAGUAGCCUCCGGGGAGUGCAAAGUGUGUGAUAACCGAAACUAUGGAGAAAACUGUAACAGUAUUUGCAAUUGCCACAUUGAAAACACAGACUCCUGCAAUCACACAAGUGGCGCAUGUAUAUGCAAAGAGGGAUGGGCAGGGGAAACAUGUUUGGAUGACAUAAACGAAUGUAAAAGUGAUCCUGAUCCAUGUAUUGAUGUAUCACAUUCUAUCUGUGAAAAUAGAAAUGGGUCCUAUGAAUGCAUUUGUACAACAGGAUUUCGUGGUUUUGAGAAUCUCUGCAGUGAUAUCAAUGAAUGUAAAGAGGAUGCGUUUAACGCAUGCGAACAGUCCUGUAUCAAUUCAAUUGGAAGCUUUCAUUGUGGUUGCUUCAAUGGAUAUUUUAUGGUUAAUAAUGUUUGUAAAGAAUGUUCUGGCAAUACGUUUGGUGAUAAUUGUACGGAACAAUGUGAUUGUGUAGCAACAAAUACUGAACAUGUUCAACAGAUGUGUGACACGGUGACUGGAAACUGUAGAUGUAAAUCUAACUGGAAAGGAGAAACUUGUGCGGAAGAUGUUGAUGAAUGUGAGGAUACAACAUUGUGCAAUGAUAAAAACAAUACUAUGUGCGUAAAUACUCUGGGCUGGUACCAAUGCAUUUGUAUCAAAGGUUUCCAAGAAAAUGCGGACGGACAUUGCGUUGCAGAAUGCCCCAGGAAUACUUAUGGUGAAAAUUGUACAGAACAAUGUAACUGCUUAUCAAUAAAUGCUGAAAAUGAAGAACAGACAUGUGACACGGUAACUGGAAAGUGUAUAUGUAAAUCUAAUUGGAAAGGAGACACCUGUGUUGAAGAUGUGAAUGAAUGUGAAGAAGACCCAACAUUGUGUAGUGAUAAGAACAAUACAACAUGUGUAAAUACGCAAGGCUGGUACCAAUGCGAUUGUAUCAAAGGUUUCAAUGUUAAUGCGGACGGACAAUGCGUUGCAGAAUGUCCCAGCAACACAUUUGGUGAAAAUUGUACAGAACAAUGUAACUGCCUAGCAAUAAAUGCUGAAAAUGAAGAACAGACAUGUGACACAGUGACUGGAAAGUGUAGAUGUAAACCUAACUGGAAAGGAGAAACCUGUGCGGAAGAUGUGAAUGAAUGUGACGAAGACCAAACAUUGUGCAGUGAUAAGAACAACACAACAUGUGUAAAUACGCACGGCUGGUACCAGUGCGAUUGUAUCAAAGGUUUCAAAGAAAAUGCGGACGGACAAUGCGUUGCAGAAUGCCCCAGGAAUACUUUUGGUGAAAAUUGUACAGAACAAUGUAACUGCCUACAAAUAAAUGCUGAAAAUGAAGAACAGACAUGUGACACAGUAACGGGAAAGUGUAUAUGUAAAUCGAACUGGAAAGGAGAAACCUGUGCGGAAGAUGUGGAUGAAUGUGAAGAAGACCAAACAUUGUGCAGUGAUAGGAACAACACAACAUGUGUAAAUACGCACGGCUGGUACCAAUGCGAUUGUAUCAAAGGUUUCAAGGAAAAUGCGGACGGACAAUGUGUUGCAGAAUGUCCCAGCAACACAUUUGGUGAAAAUUGUACAGAACAAUGUAACUGCCUAGCAAUAAAUGCUGAAAAUACCGAACAGACAUGUGACACGGUGACUGGAAAGUGUAGAUGUAAACCUAACUGGAAAGGAGACACCUGUGCGGAAGAUGUGAAUGAAUGUGAAGAAGACAUGACAUUGUGCAAUGAUAAGAACAAUACAACAUGUGUAAAUACCAACGGCUGGUAUCAAUGCGAUUGUAUCAAUGGUUUUAAAGAAAAUGCGGACGGACAUUGCGUUGCAGAAUGUUUCAACAAUACUUUUGGUGAAAAUUGUACGAAACGAUGUGAUUGUGUUGCAACAAAUGCUGAAAAUGUUAAGCAGAUGUGUGACACAGUGACUGGAAAGUGUAGAUGCAAAUCUAACUGGAAAGGAGACACCUGUGCGGAAGAUGUUGAUGAAUGUGAAGAAGAUACCAUAUUGUGUAGUAAUAAAAACAAUACAACGUGUGUUAAUACUCACGGGUGGUACCAAUGCGAUUGUAUCAGAGGUUUCAAGGAAAAUACGGACGGACAAUGCGUUAGAGAUAGCAGUUCUUCAACGGAUAUUCCUAAAGUUGCUGGUGUAAUGACAUUUAAUUUUAGUAUUACAAUUCACACAAACUCAUUGGCUGGAAAUAACUUGAAGUCAGCAAAUUCCUUCGAUAUUGCUAGAGGGAAAGUGGAAAAAAGUUUAUUGGGAUUUUACUCCCGUUAUACAGCAGCUGUGAUUCAAAUAUUUAUUGUUGACUUAAA